AUGAUGUCCUUGACGCCCCGCCGAGGCGGCUUCUCGAUGCUGCUCGCCGUGCUCUGCUGCGUGGGCCUCGCCGCGCUCCUCCUCUGUGCAGGCGGCGAGCGAGACCCCUGGCGGGCGGGCCCCGCUGCGCCAGUUGCGCGCGCAGCGCGCUACGCCCCCCCCGACGUCCUCCUCGAGGCGGCGGCGGCGCCACCCUCCGAGUGCGCGGCCGCCGUCGCGGGGGCGGAGGAGCGGGAGUCGGCGUGGCGGCGCAGCGAGGAGUGCAAGUGCCCCAAGGGGACCUUCUUCACAGGCCACCAGGUCACCGUCCCCCAAGACGUGCUCGACACAUCCGACAUCAGCAGGCGGUACUACUUCGCCGCGGAGAAGUACGCGGGGAAGGGGUGCGUCUGCACGCGACUGCCGCGCGCCGAGGAGGAACUGUUCGCCGCGCUCGAGAAGCAGGCCCACAGCAAUGCGCUCUACGAGGCCCUCUUCAGCUACACCCUUGAGUACCUGAGCGCGCUCGAGGGCGACGGCGGCUCCACGUUCGGGGCCGACUUGGCGAAGGGGGGCAGGAAGCCCAUCGCGGCGGGCAUGGCCCUUCCCUGGACGGAGGCAGGGCGCCUUGCCGUCUACAACCCGUACGGCUUCUGCCCCCUGACGUCGCACUCCGAGCGCGUCGCCGCUGCGCAGAAGGUCGGGGGCACCAUCUCGGAUCCCUCAAAUGGGGUCGUGCAGCUCUUCAACGAGCUUAACGUCUGGAUCUGGUCCGACGGCGAAGACCCCAUCAACCCUGCGACCGACGACGACCUCUUCAGGAAGGCCGAACCCGUUGGCGUCCGGCCCCAUGAUCUUCAAGUACUCCCAGGUGCAGCCCAGGCUCCACGACCCUGGACAGAGGCGCGGCUACUACACCGCCACCGCGCCCCAGCACCCGGACUUCUUCCACCCCGAGGGCCCCCUCUUCGUCGACGGCGACAGGCACCAGAGCUUCCGCCGCCUCCUCGAGCUCGCAGGCUUCGCGCGGCGCUACCACGUCGACGCCAGCCUCGUGCGGGCAAUCCCGGCACUUGGCGGGCGGGCGCCCGGCGAGGCCGAAGUCGCUGCGGCCGUGGGCCCGCUGGUCAUGAAGGGCAUCUGGGGCGCGGACCCGACGCCAGAGGCCGAGGAGGCCAUGGGAACUUACGCGAGGUUUGGGAAGUAUGCGAUUUUCGGCAAGGAGAGAUCCACCGUUUCGCCCUGGGGCCCACCGGAAUUGCGGACUCGGUAAAGGAAGCGAGCGCCAGCGUGACGGCCUGGGCGAAGACGACGCCGUUCCGCGAUCUCCUGCGCAGGGCCGUUGAGGCGCACGGGCCGGCCAACCCCUGGUUCCUGGACGAGGACCGGCUACUGGACGACCUCACGCUCGCAACCUUGUUUGCGGGCUUGGUGGGCACAACGGAUAUGGUCAUGAAGUGCGUUGUGUACCAGCAGCGGGAUGCGGCACACGUGGCCCUUUUCAAGGAGAACCCAGAGAAGUACCUCAUCGAGCUGAUGCGGUACGACUCGGCUGUCACGUCUGUGACCGAGCUGCUCCGCGAGGACCAGGCCAUGCAUCUCGAGGGCAGGAACAUCACGCUGAAGGAAGGCACACCCGCUCAGCUCGUCCUCGCCAGCGCCAACCGAGAUCCGACGCACUGGAUGCGCGCGGACGACUUCGACCCUGCGCGUUCCGAUCUCAAGGACACGCUCUCAUGGAACGGGCGUGUGGAGGACGUCGAGGCGCGCUCCUUGGAGCGUGCGCCGCGUCACUGCCCAGGACACUGCCUCUCUCUGAAAAUUGGCGCUGCCGUGUGCGCAAAGAUGAUGGGAUCGUUCGACGAGCUCGAGAGGGAGGGCAAGCUGCUGUCGCACGGCAGUGGCGCGGUGAAGUGCAGCAAUUUCAACGAUGCCGACGAGCCGCCGCUCUGGAGUCCGCCCUCCGACCUAAAGGUGCCCGCACCGUACGAGCAAGACCUCUCCGAGGGCGAGGUCCUGAUAAAGGAACACGUGGAGUGCGACAGCCCAGACUUGUAUAUCAGUUCUUUCACGACGGUCGGGCAGUGCGCUCGGGCCGUGAAGGCGGCCGGUGGAAAGUAUUUCAUAUACGGCAAGGGCCCUCUGAAGGGCGGUUGGUGUUACAUGGAAUAUACUUCGUCGCCGCACUGCAAGGAGGGCUUCAAAAAAGAUUGGUACGACUUCUACGACAUUCCCGAUGUGCCACUCGAGCGGUCGCUGCAAUUCCACGCCGAUUUUUUGCAGUGGUCGGUCGCUGAAGAAGGCAAGCAGUCUGGUGCCGCCACUGGUAGGCUUGGCAGUUUUCAGUUCCAGAGUUCGGAGGUGGCGGUUUUGAAGCGGAUCAGCAAGGAAGGCUCAAAUUGGCUUUUCUCCAAAGCGAACAUCUGCGUCUACGAGUACCGGAUUGCUGCCCGGGAGGCCGCAGUAUGGUUGGAUACUUACAAAGGUUGUGCCGACUAUUCCAACAACAUUAUCGUGCCCAGCAAGAGCAAUCCACUCGGCAGCGCCUCCCAGCCAGAGCUCAAGAAGCACGACACCCAGCAGCUCAAGAAGGGUUUGCAGCGCUCCACCUGGAGCGUCUGCAGCAGCACGGAGGACACCCUGUUUCAGGUCCUGAGCCCGCGGAGCUUCGCCGCGCAAGGCAACGUGACGCCGACCGACGACUCUUGUUUCAAGAUGGAGGUGGUCUCAGAUGUCGUGUCGCUGCGGCAGAGGGUCAAUGCGUGCCCGAGCUGGAUAAAGAUGGCUAUUACUGCGUUCGGCGAGCUGAGCAAGGCUUCCUACUCAUUCCACUACAAUCUCAUCCCGGAGCAGGAGCACAACCAUUUCAUCGCAAGGAUCCUCGGCAAGGAUCCGGACUCCAGUGCCCUGGAUCCGACCACGUUCGACACUUACACCACGGGCAUGGUGGUGGUAAUCUUGCACCUCCAACAGCGAUCCUUUAGCGGGUCCAGAGAUCCACCCAGCAAGCGCAUCGUUCUGCCCAGCUCCCAGGAGUACCUCGACAGAAACAUCGUCUACAGCUUCAUCGGGCUGCCGACGAACGACAUCGACACCAACAGCGAGGGCCUCGAUGGCGGGGAGACGUGCGCCAUCGACGCGAUCCGUCAGCUGGACUUGGUGGACGACCUCGACACUGGGAAGAACACGUGGGACCGGGUCAUGGGGACACUGCCGGGGAUCUCGUCGCAUUGCCCCUUCAAGGAGCGCCAGAGGACGUGCACGAGGAAGGAGUUCGUUCGGGGCGUGUACCUCAACUACACCACGCAGGACGGCGACCCCGCGUACCCGGCGGAGAUGAUCGAUUUCGCUGGGCUCUGGUACAUGGCGAACGGCAAGUGGUCAGACCAUGCGGAGAACUUCCUCGCGUGGCAGCACUACGGCUCGCAUCGCAUCGAGGCCGUCCUUGCCGGCUCGCCCGAAGAGGCCGGCGGCGCGGCCUUCAAGCUGAUCACGUCCGACCUCAGUGGCCUGGACGUUCGCCCAGGCUUCUCGCGCGUCGGAGCCGACAUGUUCUUCAACGAGGCGGGGGAGCCGAUGAUGAUCCGCACCCCCGAUGGCCAGGACGUGUGGAGGGCGGAGGCGGAGUCGGCGACGUGGCAGUACUGGAAGUUUGCCUUUCGCUCUUCGCUGUUCCUCAAGGUCACGCUCGUGGACCACCUCUGGGCCACCCACUUCACCGCGGGCAGCUCCAUGGCCGCGGCAGCACGGGAGGCUCUGCCCCCGGCCCAUCCGCUGAGACGUCUGCUGACCAUGUUCACGUUCAACACCAUCCAGGUCAACACCAACGCGUUCCACCAGCUGCUGGGGCCUGACGCACUGCUCCAGCGAAGCACGCCUUUCUACGAUUUCCGCGAGGUUUCCCUGCUUGCAGAGGUCUCCAUCCCUCCGCUGACGACGUCGUUUGGUUUCUUCAUGAACGAGACACUCAGAAGUACCCUGCCCGCCCGAGUGCAGGAGACACCCUACGCUCAGGACGGUCAGCUCAUCUUCGAUGCACUCAAGGACUUCGUGGACAGCUGGUUUGACCUCUAUGCUGGCCAGUGGUGCGCGGGCGAUGCCGUCGUGGACCCUGCGGUGCUGUUGUUCUUCGAGCGCGCGCAGACGUGGUCGAUGUACAGGCAGCACAUGAAGACGGAUGCGCUGUUCCUGGGUUUGUACGGCGAGGACGGGAGCCUCCAGUGCAAGGGGCUGCAGAAAUGGCUGACCAUGCUCUUCUUCCAAGUCACUGGCUACCACCGGCACGUGGGGACGGUGGCCGACAGCGCCGCGGACCCGGACUUCGCCGGCUUCUCGUGGGAGCGAGGCAGGGCGUACACUCCGCCGCGGCAGGCCAUUCAGCUCUCGCUCAUCUCAGCCACAACUUCGACCACCUGGCCGAAGAUCAGCCAGGACUUCAGCCACCUUUCGGAGGGGAUCGACAAGAGCGCGGAGGCGGCGCGAGCCUUCCACGCGUUCCGCGCGAAGAUGGAGGAUGUCGCAAAGACCAUUGACGCCCGAAACAAGGGGCGGGCCAUCCCGUACAUGCAGAUGCACCCGAAGCACGUCGAGUGUUCAGUGGCCGUCUGAGGUGUCGGCUCCCUCCCUCCCCCUGCGCUCGACGAGGGUCCAGCGCAGAGGUUCCAGCGUGCUGGCCGCUCCCGGUGGCCGCAAGAAGCUCAGCGUCGACUCGUGGCUCGGGCGCCGAGCCAAGCGGCACGAAUCCCUCCCCGCGUCCCCUCCCGGGCGCGCUGAGCGCACGAGGGGCGGCGCGGGAGGCGCUGGCCAGGGAUGCGUGAGGGCGUGAGGGCCCCGCAAACCAGCACAUUGCAGGCCAGGAGCCUGCAAGGUGCAGCGAGGGAAAGCAUGAGGAAUGGGGAGCCGCUGUGGACCGCAGUUUUCUGGGGCGCGGCAGCUCCCUGCCUUGCCAAAGUUCCUGUUUGCGGGGCCCUGGGCCGCGCUGCGGGACUCCGAACGUUUUACGCUCCUGCGGGUUUUGACUCUCCAUCGGUUGUCUGGGCUUGGGCUCAGGGCCACAUCCGGCCCCAUGGCCGCGCCGUCCUCAUCCUCGCCCUCCCCGUCGGCAUCCUCCUCGUCCUCGCCCCUCACUCUUUCUCUGGUGACCCUCGAAUGCUACGGCGGUGGGGGGACAGCGCGAGAUGGUCAGGGCGAGCACCAGGUGCCGAGCUGCCUCCCUCAGAAGGGCAGGCCGCCCUGAGCGGGUGCCCCCCGCAGGCGCGCGGCAAGGGCCGUGCUCUGACGUUCUGCCCGCUCGGUGGGC